AUGUGGCUGUUCUAUUCGUUCUUCAAGAGUCUUGUGGGUAAGGAGGUUGUGGUGGAGCUCAAGAACGAUCUGGCCAUUCGAGGCGUGCUGCACUCAGUCGACCAGUAUCUCAACAUCAAGUUGCACGACAUUCACGUCCUCGAUGAGGAGAAGUACCCCCAUCUGCUGUCCGUGCGCAACUGCUUCAUCCGUGGUUCAGUAAUCCGCUACGUGCAGAUUCCCGCCAAGGCACCCUCUCCCUCUGCUCGCUGCACUGCUACUCUCUUCUGCGAGGUUGUGACCGAGCUGCUGCAGGACUCUGCCCGAAUUGAGGCCCGAGAAUACAAGGCCAGCCAGCAGUAA